GCCGUGGUAUUUUUCCUCCUCCUCUCUCCAAUAAAUAAUUAAGCUAGUCAAAGAUAUUAUAUAAAUAUAUAUAUAUAUAGCUAUAACUAUUAAAUGUAAAUCUCUUCUGAUCGAAGUCGCAUAUGGACUAGUCACCUUCCUCUUCGGCACACCUGAACAGAACUGCCUAUCGCUGCUCCGGUUUCAUUUCAUAUAUAUAUAUAUAUAUAUAUAUACAUUGAGUUAUGAACAAUCUUGAAGACAAAGGUUUGGCCUCAUUAUUCCAUUUAUAUAUUUGAGUUAUAAUUAUGAACAAUCUUGAAGGCAAGGAUUUGGUAGCAUUGAGGAAUCAUUAUUCGAAGCAGUAUAAUAAUUCCAACAACUCUGAAGAUUAUCAUGAUCAUGGAAGACAAGAACAUUCACUAAACCAGAUAUUGAAUCCAGGGGUAACAGACUCUCGAUUAUGGAAUAAGAUAUUCUUGGCUUCAUGUGUAAUCGGAGUCUGCGUCGAUCCAUUGUUCCUCUACAUUCCAAUUGUGAACGAUGACCGAAAAUGUCUCGACAGAGACCACAAUAUGAAGAUCAUAUCUCUUGUUUUACGAUCUGUUACCGAUUUCUCUUAUGUUUUACACUUGAUUUUUCGGCUUCAGUGGGCACGAACCAUGUCCAAGGCACUUGGUCAAUCCAUUUUCACAAAGUUUCCAUGGUCUUAUCUUUUAAUAGAUCUUUUAGCCAUUAUUCCAACCCCUCAGAUUACAGGAUCAAGAUCUUUGAGAGCAAGAAAGUUCAUCAACUUACUACUUCUUCUCCAAUACGUGCCUCGAAUUCUUCGUGUGUACUUAUCAGCCAAAGCGUUAGGAAGAGUUUUUGACUCACUGACUCAACGUGUAUGGGUCAGAGGCGCCUUCUUUUUUUUCCUCUACAUUAUUUUUGGUCAUGUGUUUGGAGCCUUUUGGUACUUCUAUUCAAUUUUUCGCGAGACAGCUUGCUGGCACCUUGCCUGUAUGGAACAUGGACCAAAAGAAUGUAUACCUGGUCCUUUCGACUGUCUUGGACCUCAUCCCAGAAUGAAUGUGACCAAACUGAACCAAUUUUGCCCUGUUGAUCCACCAAAUGCAGAUAUCUUCAAAUUUGGAAUAUUUUCUGAAGCUAUUGAAUCUCGUAUAGUCAGCAAAACUGAUUUUCCCGAAAAAUUCUUUCGCAGUUUUUGGUGGGGUUUAAGAAAUUUGAGUUCUUUUGGUCAAAACCUGGACACAACUAGCAAUGUACAAGAAAACAUGUUCGCCAUUACCAUUUCUACCUUGGGUUUACUUUUAUUUUUAUAUCUUAUUGGAAAUCUGCAGACAUACAUGCAGUUGGAAACCACAAAAUCAGAAGAGGCAAGAAGAAAGUUAAGUAUCAAGCAACCAGAAAUAGAUUCUUUUCUAUCAAACCAUGACCUUCCACUGUAUAAAAAGAAAGCCAUCAAGAGAUACCUAACCCGAACAAUUAGAGAAGACAAAGAUUUUGAUGUCAAACAUCUCUUUUCUCUACUUGGAGAGCAUGAUCAUCAUCACAUUGAGACAUUUGCAGCUUGGGUAACCAAAAUAUUGGACCUGAAAAAAAAUGUGAACAGUACAAGUGAGAAAAAGGCAGACUUGUGGCUGUCAAAAAAUGACAUUCCUCAGGAUCUAAAGCGAAUUAUUAAGAAAUACAUUCAAAUGAGAUUGCAAGAUGGAAAAGAUGUGGACAUCGACCAUAUUUUGCAUAUUCUUCCUUUGUCACAGGGAAUGCUAAUUAAGAAACACAUGUGUUUCCCUAUGUUAAAAAAAGUUCCAUUAUUUCAAAACACGGAUGAACAUGUUUACGAAACAAUAUGCAAAUAUCUGAAACCAGUCACAUAUUCAGAGAAAAGUUAUAUCAUUCGAAAAGGAGAGCCACUUGAUAUGAUUCUCUUCAUCACACAAGGUGUUGUGUGGGCAUUUGGAAAUGAUACUACUCCCAUGAGUCGACUUCAAAAAGGUGAUUUCUAUGGAAAUGAACUCAUAGAAUGGCAAUUAAAGUCAACAUCCAUUGAUGAGUUUCCUAUUUCGGUUGCUAAUCUUAAAUCCCAUACCAAUGUUGAAGCCCUUGCUCUUAUGGCCAAUGACUUGGAACAUGUAGUCUCCAAUUGCUGGUUCAAGUUCUCCCGCACCUGCUCAUCUAUGCCUGAGAGCUUGAAGCCUUUUGCAGUUCGUUUUCUACAACAACUAACGUUGCGACAGGUUCGAAGGAGAAGGAAAAAAGUUAAGGGAUCUCAGUCAGGAGAGGUAUCAGUGAAGAUGCUUUGACAAGUUUACCAGCAACAGUUGUACUAAAGUUUGUUUUGGUUGUUCGUUGUCCAUUGUUUGCAGCAAUGUUUAUUAAUCAUAAUCAUGUAGUUUUUAUUAGUAUAUUAAUGAAGUUGUAAUAAAAAGCAUCUUAAUCUUUGCCAAGAUUCUUAGAGGUUUUACUCAUGUUUCUCUCUAGAUAAUUUUUGCUAUGAAAUAUUAACAUGCCAUGAGCAACACAAGUUUCUAUGAUUAUAUAUGAUCGUUUCACAA